AUGAACAAUCAGCAAAUACCGAGGAAGAACACUCGCUCUCCUUCUCAUUCUUCACCGAGACAAGUUCCUGCUUCACGUUCUCCUGCAAUUCGCAUCCGCGCUUCUUCUUCCACAAGAAGAUCUCCCAAAUCUCCAUCUCUUGCACAACGAACACGGGCACUAACACAGGGAUCACUAAAAAAAACACCACCACUCGAAAAUUCUUUAUCAGUAGGAGAAAAUCAUGGUGACCUGAUAGAAAUUACGAUAGAUAGUGUCAUGGAGGGUGUACCGGAGGCAAAGGUAGUGAUGUCACCUAGAAGCACGGUUUCUGAACUAAAAAAUGCCAUAUCUGAAGAGACUGAUGUGCUUCCUGAAAAGCAGCUUCUUCUGUACAAAGACAAAGUGUUGAAAGACGAAAACUCGUCCAUUUCAAGCUACGGAAUUGUUGAUGAUUGUCACGUUGUGCUAAAUUUACGAAUGAGUACCGGUAGCAAGGUGGCAAGGGGUGGUAAUGCAGUUCUCUAUGUACCACCAACAUUUCCGGAGGGAAGUAUUGGCGAUUUGCGUAAUAAGAUCAGAAAAAUGAACAGUUUAAGAGGGCCCUCCGGUAGAUGCAAAUAUCGCGUUUUCAAAAAGAAAGGCCAAGUGAUCGGCAGCUUGCAGGGUUCUGCUGAAUGGACUCCGCAAAAGCAGAUGGAGCAUGAGCUGACAAGAAAUAGGAUGAAAAAGCUACUGAAUAAGAAACAUAAGAAGAUUCUAAGCUCGCCAAGAUGUCUAUCUCCAGGCUCUGUAAUAAAUUCUCCAAUGAUGACAGCUUCUCCAAAUUUGUCGGCGGAAAAAACUUCAGCAGAGAAAUCAAGCGCAGAGAUCGAGGAUUCAACUUUCAUAUCAGAGAAGAAGCUAAAGACCUUUUUCGAGCCUUUUGAAACUAUGGAGCAAAUGUUGAAUAGCACAAAAGAAUUGACGUUACCUCCAUCUAACAUGCAAGAAUUAGAAGCAGCAAUUUCAGAACGGGACGCUCUGAUGAAAACUAUUUGCAGAGUUUGCCGAAAAAAAUUGACCAUUACGGAGCAACAGAUGGCAUGUGUCUGCACGUACGUUUUUUGUAAGAAGCACCGUAAUCCUUGCAAACAUCUUUGCAAUGUUGAUCAGCGUAACAGCGCACGCUAUAAGCUAUAUAAGGAGAAUCCGAAAAUCGGCGAUGGUGGUACGCACAAGGCAAAAGCAGCUAAUUGA